GGUCUAUCUUCAAGAAAAGAAAUACAGAAUUAGCAUUUCAUCAGUUCGUUCAUUCCAGGAAAAUGGAAUUGAAACCGGAAACGCUGACCUUACUGCUCGUGAAUUUGGCCGGAAUUAUGGAACGCGCCGACGAGUCAUUGCUUCCCGGAGUUUACAAGGAGGUCGGAGAGGCCCUUCACGCCGACCCUACCCGCCUGGGCUCGCUCACCCUUUUCCGCUCGAUUGUACAGUCUCUUUGCUACCCUCUUGCAGCCUAUCUUUCAGUCCGCCAUAACCGAGCUCAUGUUAUUGCCUAUGGAGCUUUCCUCUGGGCCGCCGCCACCUUCCUCGUCGCCUUCUCCUCCUCCUUUUUCCAGGUGGCAGUAUCCAGAGCCUUGAAUGGGAUAGGGCUGGCCAUAGUUGCACCUGCAAUUCAGUCCCUUGUAGCAGACUCAACAGAUGACAACAACCGAGGAAUGGCUUUUGGGUGGCUGCAGUUCACCAGCAACAUAGGUUCCAUUGUUGGGGGAUUACUUGCCUUGCUGAUAGCUCCCAUUACAUUCAUGGGGAUUCCUGGGUGGAGAGUUUCCUUUCAUCUAGUAGGAGUUAUCAGUGUUGUUGUCGGGAUUUUAGUUCGCCUUUUUGCAAAUGAUCCUCACUUUCCAGAUGGCAGUUUAAGAGGUAAUAGCCGACAUGGUGAAGCUGCCGGAAAAUCCUUUUGGUCGGAUGGUGAAGCUGCCGGAAAAUCCUUUUGGUCGGAGGCCACUGACCUGGUUCACGAAGCGAAAACAGUCAUGAAGAUACCAUCUUUCCAGAUAAUUGUAGCUCAGGGUGUUACUGGUUCUUUUCCCUGGUCAGCUCUGUCAUUCACCCCAAUGUGGUUAGAGCUUACUGGUUUUUCCCAUCUCCAGACCGCCAUUCUUACAGGGACAUUUGUGGUCGGUUGUUCUAUCGGAGGCCUGUUUGGAGGCAGGGCUGGAGACCUGUUAUCCCAGCGUCUCCCAAAUCAUGGACGAAUAAUCUUGUCCCAAAUAAGCUCAGCAUCCGCUAUCCCCCUCGCUGCAAUUCUCUUGCUGGCAUUACCCAAUGGUCCAUCCUCAGUAUUCCUGCAUGCUCUAGUCUUGCUCAUUACCGGGUUCUUCAUAUCAUGGAAUUCUGCAGCUACAAACAAUCCAAUUUUUGCAGAGAUUGUACCUGAGGAGAGGCGGACGAGUAUCUAUGCUCUAGAUAGAUCAUUUGAAUCCGUAUUGUCUUCCUUUGCCCCUCCGGUUGUAGGGUUACUGGCCCAGAAUGUUUAUGGCUACAGACCGGUUCCCCGAGAUGCACAGAACAUUGCUACUGACAGAAAGAAUGCUACCUCUUUAGCCAAGGCGCUGUUCACUGCAAUAGGAACUCCGAUGGUGCUGUGUUGCUUCAUCUACUCUUUUCUCUACUGUACCUACCCGAGAGACAGGGACCUCGCACGAAUGAAAGCUCUGAUAAGAUCAGAAAUGCAGCUCUUAAACAUGGGGAAUUCAGCUCUGAGAGGACAAUACUCACAAGUUCUGCCUCGUCUGGAUGGCAAGGAUGGACCUGAUCUUGAUGACAGUGAUGAAAAGGUAUUAAUCACAAGGUUAGUUAGCUAGUAAUAAUACACAAUCGUAUCGGUUAAUCCAAGAAUAUCGAACAAGUUACCAUUGAAUUCAUUGCAGCAAUGAUGAUAUCACUGCCAUAGUUUUUUACAUUAUAUGAGAAUGGUCUUAGAAACAGGGUUUCAUAUAUACUGUUGAUGAUUUUGGUA